AAUCUACGCGCUGCGCGUCUUCUUUCAGAACCUCCACCUCGCGUCAACCUCCACCCGACCGUCGUUUGCGCCAGCAAGAAGAACUUUCCGACCAUUGCGCUGCGUAGCUUAACACAUCCAAUAAGCCCACCGACCGUCCUUUCGCGAUCUCACGAUAGAGCGGUUCUACUUUAGUUUCGCGACUUUACACAAUGGCGCCCGCACAAGUCGUUGACGAUGUCGACGUCGACAUGAUCCAAGAGGAGGACGAAGAUCAGGAGCAGCGUCUCAUCAAUGAAGAGUACAAGACGUGGAAGAAGAACAGCCCCUUUCUCUACGACAUGAUUCUCAGCACCGCUCUCGAAUGGCCUACACUCACUACCCAAUGGUUCCCUGACGUCAAGGAGCCUGAAGACAAGAACUACCGAAUCCACAGACUGCUUCUGGGAACACACACAUCCGAGGGCCUCCCGAACCACGUCCAGAUCGCCGAAGUCAAGAUCCCCAAGUCUGUGGCCCCGAACCCCGAAGACUACAAUGAGGAGACUGGAGAAAUUGGAGGUCACGCCAAGUCAUCAAAUGGGCAAUCGACCGCCGUCGAGUUCAACAUUGUGCAGAAGAUUGACCACCCCGGCGAGAUCAACAAGGCGCGUUACCAGCCUCAGAACCCCGAUAUUAUUGCGACUCUCUGCGUCGACGGCAAGGUCCUUGUCUUCGAUCGCACAAAGCACAGCCUGCAGCCCACCGGCAAGGUCAAUGCUCAGAUCGAGCUUAUCGGCCACAAGCAGGAAGGAUUUGGCCUGGCCUGGAACCCCCAUGAGGAAGGCUGCCUUGCGUCCGGUAGUGAAGAUCGCACCGUCUGCCUCUGGGACCUCAAGAACCUCCAAAGCGGUAGCAACAUUCUGAAGCCCCACCGCAAGUACACACACCACACUCAGAUUGUGAACGAUGUUCAAUACCACCCCAUCGCCAAGAGCUUCAUCGGAACGGUCUCUGACGACCUGACCAUGCAAAUUAUUGACGUGCGACAAGCCGAUACAACCCGCGCUGCAGUGACCGCCAAGCGCGGUCAUCUGGAUGCCAUCAACGCCCUCGCGUUCAACCCCACAUCCGAAGUGCUCGUUGCCACGGCAUCAGCCGACAAGACCCUGGGCAUCUGGGAUCUUCGUAAUGUCAAGGAGAAGGUUCACACGCUUGAGGGACACAACGACGCAGUAACUUCUCUCUCAUGGCACCCUCAGGAGGCCGGCAUCCUCGGCAGUGGCUCUUACGAUAGAAGAGUCAUCUUCUGGGACCUCUCCCGCGUUGGGGAGGAGCAGAUGCCUGACGACCAGGAGGAUGGACCCCCAGAACUUCUCUUCAUGCACGGCGGACACACCAACCACCUGGCAGACUUCAGCUGGAACCCCAACGAACCCUGGCUCGUUUGCAGUGCCGCCGAGGACAACCUACUUCAGAUCUGGAAGGUCGCCGACUCCAUUGUCGGCAGGGACGACGGCGACUUGCCGCUUGACGAGAUUGACCGAUAGGCAAGGUGGAGUCUCAAGAAUACUUAUAAGUAGCUUUAUUAGCUGGCUCGCCGCAACUAGAGUUGGCC